AUUUAAAAUGGUCGUGUCAGCGGAAGUCCAGACGGAGCAGUCGCAACUCCACGCUCUGCAAAAGCUGGACGAGCAAUGCGUCCAAUUCCAGCUGCAGGGCAACUACGUCGCCGCGCUGGAGUGCAUGGAGCGAGCGCUGGUCCUCCGCCGUCACUUCUUUGGACUGGAUGCAGUCGAGGUGAGGGAAUCAUGCAAAGCCGUGGCGGAGAUGUGCAACCUCCUUUCAAUGACAUAUCUCCAACAAGAAAACUAUGGAGUCACACUGGAACUGCUGAAAAAAGCCGAAAUCCUUACCGAGAACCACCCACAGGAGCGCGCCACGACACUCAACAACAUGGCAUGCUAUUAUCGCCGAAUCGGCAAGCUCCAUGGCGCACUCACGUGCCUCAAACGUGCGUUAGCCAUUGAGCUGCACCUCAACAAACUGGAAACGACCGCCGACACGCAUCUGAACCUGUGCGCCGUCCUGUCGACCAUGGGGAAGCACGCAGAGGCCGUGGAGCAUGCGCAGUCUGCGCUUAUUUUGCUGCAAGACGAGCUGUUUUCUGCAGGAAAAGACUUGACACCGCUGGAUGCGAAUAAAGAUCGCGUGUCCGUGCUGUGCAUUGCAUACCACAACCUGGGCGUCGAGUACGAAUACUUGAAGCAAUAUCAUGCGUGCGUGAGUUCGUAUCAAUCGGGCGUGGGGAUAGCCGAGCAGUAUUUGGGUGCGAGCCACGGGGUCACGAUAACAUUGACGAAUUCCUACGUCGCAGCCCGCCGCACAAUCCACACCAAAGCCAAAAAUGAGCUCAUGGCGCCAAAGGAUAGCAGCCCCAAGAAAGGCGCUGCCAGUCCACCCAAACACACUCGCGAGCAAAAAAUAUCCCCGAAAGCCAACAAGCACCCGAGAAAUGUCGUCUCGAGCCCCCGGAGUGCGCUCAACGCCCGCAACGACCUGCCACCCCUGGAUGUCCCCAAGUCGCCUCGAACGCCCUCCCGACACCCCCCCGAUGACAGUACAGCCCUGCCGCUGGUCCGCCACCAGUGCCUAGAACCACUGAAACCGCGCCAUGACAUUUCGCCGACCAUCCCCCCCGUCAUCAUGAUCUCGCCGCCUCCAGCCUCCACGGACGAAGAAGGGUCUGUAGUAGUUCCACUGGUGCAUGUUCAACCCCCCCCAUCGGACAUUGAAACCUCUCCCCACACUGAGCAGCAACGACAGCUUGAUGCUGCGGUAUUGUCCAGCUACUCCAAGCAAGAUCUCCAAGCCUCGCCGGUUCUGGCUGCCGAUGACUGUUUAACGACCGGCGAGGCGGCUCAUGCAGCCGAGGGGAGGGCGGUGGCGGAAUCGACAGCGACGGACGGCAUCGUAGACAUCGCAACGGACGCCUUGACUCAAGUAUCCUCCAACAAGGCGGAUAACGCGGCGGCUACCCUGGAAGACGAGGGUGCCCCAAUCACCACCACGAGUGACUUGCCUGCCCGACAAGAGCCGACGGACAGUGCGACGAAAGUCGAGGACACUGGCUCGUCGGUGGAGGGGGGUACUUCGUCGGAUAUUCUGGAGCUGACAACUGCAGGAGUAGAGUUGUCCCCAGAGAAACCAGAUGUGACGAGAGUAGAGCCCCCCAUGCAACUCGAUGCGACGGACCAGCCGGAUGAUUGCGUGCCAGGGGAUGAUCCCCUCCGUCCUCUCGACACUGUUGAGACCGCCAACGAGGCGAUUGCUGUCAAUUCCAAAGUACCAUUGUCAGCUCAAUCCCAACUAACUCUCGAUACUGUUGAGACCGCCAACGAGACGAUUGCUGUCGAUUCCAAAGAACCAUUGUCAGCUCAAUCCCAACUAACUCUCGAUACCCAAGCACCUGCUACUGAAAUCGAGCCAACCGCGACGGAGGUUAGUGUGCAGGUUCCCCAAGUCACGGACACUUCGACGCCUGUGGAGGAUGCCGCCGAAGCCUGUCUCCCCGCGCAUGACGAGGUCUUGCCUGCUGCAGAUGUGGUUGCUUCUAUUAACGGUCAAGUUGCUCCACAAGUUGCUCGCUCGACGGACUCCCACGAUGAACUUGCGGGCCAAGUGAUUGCAGAGUCGGCGGGUGGUGAAGUCGCGCCAGACACCACCACCACCUCUGCGUCGCUGGUGGACACCACACCUUGUUCGGAUAUUAUUAUGGCCGCCGUUGACGAGCCAGUACAAGGAGUGCACUCAGUGGAUACAGUACCUCUUGGAGGCGAAGUGUCAGAGAUAGUUGCUAAGCUCGUGUCGGAUGUCGUCGCGUCCACCAAGUGUCCAGUUAUUGGGGCUGCUGCUGCUUCGGAUGGUACUCCAUUGGCAUGCGCUGCGAAGAACGACCCUCCCUCGACAGACAACAACCCAACGACUGCGACCGAUAUACCUGUUGCUGCUUCUUUCGACGAUUUACCAGUCAACUUCGUACCAGAUACCCCUGGGUUAGAGGAUGGUAGUCGCGAUACAUCGACAUCCGCAGCACCUCCUGUCGCUGCUGAGGACAAAGUGGACACAUCCGACUUGUCAACAGAGGAAGGGGGUGGCCAAGAAUCCAUCGCCGAGCCCAUGGUACCCGUUCAAGAUGCAAUAGAAGUCGCGAUUCAACCAGCCCCUCUGACCGAUAUACAAGCACAGGACGAGCCCCCAUUGAGGGUAGUAAGCGCAACCGGCGAGACCCCAGAGGUGGUGACAACGACCGACGAGAUCGCUGAGGUAGUCGAACAAAUCAACCGCGUACCGUCUACGGUCGACGCUGGGCUAUUCAACGAAGGUGUCAUCUCCGGUGGUGCAGUCGAAGGCGUGGUUCAAUUGCCUUGGACUUGAGAAGGAACACAUCCUCCACACAUUAAUUAUGGUAAGAGUUACAUUUAACAAGCCCAGAUUGUUCCAGUGAACAAUGGAUCGUUUGGGCAACCGUUACAUGUUCCAAACAUGACCUUUCGUCGUCGGUUACAUUUUCCGGCCCGUUUAUGGGACACUCGGUUAUAAUAACUGACAUGUUUUGAC